GUGUCUAUGUAGCAGGACUCCUGUUUAUCAGGAAACACGAUGGAGUUAUCAUAUCAGGCCAUUAAAACUGCAAACCAGGCCAGAGAAGCAGACGAAUUAAGAACAGAGACCAGAAAAAGGAAUUUGCUUGUAUUAAUUUAUCAUCAUUUAAUAGAGGAAGGGUAUGUGGACGCUGCUAGUGCACUGGAACAAGAGACCCAUUUUGGGUUGCGCAAGUUUGAAGUGUGCGACAAUAUUGACUUGGACACUGUUCUCAUGGAGUACGAAAGCUUUCAUUUCAUUAAGUUUCAGAAAUAUCCAAAGUUAUCAAAGAAACUGCCAGAACAAGCUGAGAACAGACAUGUUAGAAGCUCCACUAAGAAGAGAACCUCAAGUGUAAAACAAACACUGCCCAGGAUUCCAUGUGUUCAGGGUCCACCAUCCCGGAACGGGAUUAAAAAGCAAGAGACUAAGUCAGUAGGAAAGGACUUGGUGAAGUCUGGCACUGAGAACGGAGGAUCAUAUCUCCCAGAGAGUAAUGACCUCGGCCUGAAUGUCUCCUCUGUCGUCAGAAACGGAGUUGGCGACGGGAUGCAGGUGAAGAAGGGUCAACUGGUGGACUACAGGGGGCUCAUUCAGGAUGCUAUUAAUGAACCAAGCAGCAUGUCCUGUAAUCCUGAUCCUUCAGAUCGGCUGCUCAAACCCAUCAGUGCCUUCUGUGGGAUGAACAGCGAGAUGAGAGAGCUAGCAGCUGUAAUUAGCAAAGAUAUCUAUUUACACAACCCCAACGUGCACUGGAACGACAUUAUAGGCCUGGAGGCUGCCAAGCGAUUAGUCAAAGAGGCUGUCGUCUACCCCAUUAAGUACCCUCAACUGUUUACAGGAAUUCUCUCACCAUGGAAAGGUUUGCUGCUUUACGGGCCUCCAGGUACAGGAAAGACUAUGCUGGCCAAAGCGGUAGCUACAGAAUGCAAAACAACGUUCUUUAACAUCUCUGCAUCCAGCAUCGUGAGCAAAUGGAGAGGAGAUUCUGAGAAGCUGGUUCGGGUUUUGUUUGAGUUGGCGAGAUAUCAUGCCCCAUCGACUAUUUUUCUGGACGAGCUGGAGUCAGUGAUGGGUCAGAGAGGGAUUGGUCCAGGAGGUGAGCAUGAGGGCAGCAGGAGGAUGAAGACAGAGCUCCUGGUUCAGAUGGAUGGACUGGCACGCUCUAACGACCUGGUGUUUGUUCUGGCUGCCUCAAAUCUCCCCUGGGAGCUGGACCAUGCCAUGCUGAGAAGGCUGGAGAAGCGGAUCUUAGUGGGUCUGCCUUCUGGUCCAGCCAGAAAGGCAAUGAUCAGUCACUGGCUCCCUCCAAUCAGCAAUACAGGAGGGGUCGAGCUUCGAACUGAGCUAGACUACAACAAGCUUGCAGAGCAAACAGACGGUUACUCUGGCUCAGAUAUCAGGCUGGUCUGUAAGGAAGCGGCGAUGAGACCUGUCAGAAAGAUUUUCGAUACCCUGGAAAAUCACACUGAGGGUCACAGCCACAUGCCGAUUAUUCGGCUAGAAACAGUGACCACAGAAGAUUUCCUGCAGGUCAUCGCGCACACCAAACCCUCAGCCAGGAACCUAACAAAGAGAUUCUCUGCCUGGGAGAGAGAGUACGAGUCUGUCUGAGCUCACAGUCUGGACUGGGAUAACCAUGCUAGUGCAAAUACUGCAUACAAAACAAAUGACCUGAACACAGUUUGUCUACGAUACAGCAGUACAACAACAACGCACACUGCCUGGCAAAAAAAUAUGGGUUGAACUAAGCAAGUAAUUAAGAGCCUUCCAUUGGAUAAUCACUGCGGUCAUUAAUAUGGUUCAGGGUGGAGUUAUUUAACCCUCACUGAUGCAGUGAAUAGUUUCUCAUUACUUAAACAGCCAUGUCAGAAGACAUACCUGCGGUCAUGGCAAAGAUGUACCUUUGUUUCAGAAGGGUAAAAUUAUUGUCCUGCAUCAAGCAAAGAAAACAACUAAGGAGAUUGAUGAAACUACUAAACUUGGGCAAGAGCUGUCCAACGCAUUAUUAAAGCCUGGAAGCAUAGUGGUGAACCAUCAUCUUUAAAGAUUAGGACUUUUCAUCAGUGGAGUGUUUCUUACCUGAUGGCACUGGCAUAUUUCAAGUGGAUGAUGUCAGGAUUCAUCGGGCUUAAAUUAAGUGUGGUUUAGGGGGCAUGAGACAUCAGUUUCAGACAUGCAUUUGCCACCACCUUAUUUGAGAAUGUGGGAUGUGAUAGAGGAGGAUUUACACAGCGGUCCGACUCUCCCAUCAUCAGUACAAGAUCUUGA